GCAUCUCAGGGACCAGACCAGCAGCUCCCUGUGACCAGGGCGGAUGGGAUGUGACCAGCUGGAUUCUGGAUACAGUGGAUGGAGCCUGACACAGCAUAAAAGGGUACAGUUGCCGCACAUCCGAGAGACGUCCGACCCCACAAAGUGAGGAUGAGGUUGCUAUGGAAACUGCUGGCGCUUCGCUGGUUCAUGUGUCUUGCAGAUGAGUUGGCUCUGCAGGGUCCGGUCUUCACUCAAGAGCCGGCAAAUCUCAUCUUUCCCAUGGAUUCCGAGGACCGGACAUUAAGCCUCGUCUGUGAGGUGCUGGGUCACCCUAAGCCAGUGACACGGUGGAAAGUGAACGGGACUCUUCUGGAUGAAGCGCAGGAUUACCGCUACCGGGUGCAGGACAGAAAUCUAAUCAUCACUAACCCGGACCGGGUGCGGGAUGUCGGCACCUUCCAGUGUGAGGCCACCAACUCUGUCGGGACCACCCUCAGCCGGGAGGCUUUCCUGCAAUUUGCCUAUCUCGAUUCAUUCCAGACCAGGCCUCGCAGUACGGUGUAUGUGCGGGAGGGACAGGGGAUGGUGCUGCUGUGCGGGCCGCCUGCUCAUUCUGGAGAGCUGGUCUACGCCUGGAUGUUUAAUGAGCAUCCGCCGUUCGUGCAGCAAGACAACCGCAGGUUCGUGUCACAAGUCACUGGGAAUCUCUACAUCGCCAAAGUGGAACCACCUGACGCCGGAAAUUACACCUGUGUGGUGACAAACAUCGUGACGAACACCCGAAAGCUGGGGCCCAGCACACCGCUCACCCUCCGAACAGACGGAGUGAUGGGGGAAUAUGAGCCGAAGAUUGAGGUGCAUUUUCCUGAAUCUGUGGCCGCGGCGAAGGGCUCCACAGUGAAGCUGGAAUGUUUUGCGCUGGGGAAUCCGGUCCCAACAAUCACCUGGAGGAGGGCGGACGGUAAAGCCAUAUCCCGUAAAGUGCGGCGCCAUCGAUCCAGCGGAGUAUUGGAGAUUCCCAGCUUCCAGCAGGAAGACGCCGGACCCUACGAAUGUGUGGCGGAGAACACGCGGGGGAAGAACAUGGUGCGAGGGCAGCUCACAUACUUUGCUCCGCCCACCUGGAUCCAGAAGAUCAAUGACGCUCACAUCGCCAUCGAGGAGAACAUCCUACUGGAGUGUAAAGCCAGCGGGCGACCCAAACCGACAUACACCUGGCUGAAGAACGGGCAGCGCCUGCAGAGCAAGGGCCGUCUCCAGAUUGAGCACGGGAGUCUCACCAUCACCUCAGUGAACAGCUCAGACUCAGGAAUGUAUCAAUGCUUGGCAGAAAACAAACAUGGCACCAUCUACUCCAGCGCCGAGCUUCGGGUGAUCGCGGUGGGUCCGGACUUUUCUUCAGCCUUUGUUAGAAGAGUGACCUUAGGAAAAGUUGGGGGCUUUGUCCUCAUUGAGUGCAAGCCUAGAGCAUCCCCAAAACCCACCAUCACCUGGAAGAAAGGAAGGGACUUGGUGCGGACAAACUCUAGAAUUGCAAUUUUGGAUGAUGGCAGCUUGAAGAUUUCUAACCUCACCAAAGCAGAUGCUGGGAGUUAUACUUGUACAGCCACCAAUCACUUUGGGACUGCCAGCAGCCCGGGGACUCUGGUGGUGAAGGAUCCCACACAGGUUUUGGUGCCUCCUUCCAGCAUGGAUGUUACAGUAGGAGAGAGCAUUGUGCUUCCUUGUCAGGUCUCUCAUGACCAUUCACUGGACAUUUCUUUCUCCUGGGUCUUCAAUGGACAACUGAUUGACUUUCAGAAAGAUGGAGAACAUUUUGAACGAGUUGGAGGACAAGACUCUGCUGGUGACUUAAUGAUAAGGAGCAUCCAACUGAAGCAUGCUGGGAAAUACAUCUGUCUGGUCCACACGAGUGUAGAUAAACUGUCCGCAGGAGCUGAUCUCAUCGUCAGAGGACCCCCAGGAGCACCAGACGCCCUCACAGUGGAGGAAAUCACAGACACCACUGCUCAGUUAUCCUGGAUGCCAGGAGUUGACAAUCACAGCCCCAUCACCAUGUAUGUGGUACAGGCGCGGACCCCAUUCUCAGUGGGCUGGCAAGCGGUCAGCACAGUUCCUGAGAUUGUGGACGGACGAUCUUUUACGGCCACAGUGGUCGGUCUGAGUCCAUGGGUUGAGUAUGAGUUCCGAGUUAUCGCCAUCAAUCAGAUUGGUAUUGGAGAGCCCAGCCCCCCCUCCGACAAGAGGAAAACAGAAGAAGCUCUUCCUGAGGUGACGCCGGCAAAUGUCAGCGGUGGUGGCGGGAGUAAGAGUGAACUGGUCAUCACGUGGGAGCCCGUACCGGAGGAAUUCCAGAAUGGCGGAGGGUUCGGCUACGUGGUGGCGUUCCGGCCUUUUGGAACUAUUAGCUGGAUGCAGACGGUGGUGGCGUCGGCGGAUUCCUCACGCUACAUUUACCGGAAUGAGAGUCUCCCAUCUUUCUCUCCUUAUGAGGUGAAGGUUGGAGUCUUCAAUAACAGGGGAGAGGGACCCUUCAGCCCCCUGACCGUGGUCUACACCGCGGAGGAAGAGCCAGGCCGGGCCCCGGCAGGCGUCUUUGCUCGCAGUCUCACUGCGUGGGACAUUGAGGUCUCCUGGAUCGGGGUCCCGGGGACUCUCAGCAAGGGAAGGAUACAGGGUUAUGAGGUUCGUUACUGGAAGCAAAAUGAGAAAGAGCAAAGUGCCCGGAAACUGCGGACUCUGGGGAACCAAACCUCCACCAAACUGACCCAUCUGCAGGGGCACAUGUUGUAUUACCUGAAUGUACGGGCUUACAACAGUGCGGGCACCGGCCCCGCCAGUUCUACGGUUAACGUGACGACUAGGAAGCCACCUCCAAGUCAACCACCAGGAAACAUCACGUGGAAUUCGUCAAACUCCAAGAUCAUCCUGAACUGGGACCAUGUGACGGCGCAGGAGAACGAGUCUGAGGUUAAGGGGUAUAGGGUUUUCUACCGGUGGAACAGACAGGGAGGAUCCGCCCUGAUCGAGACCAACCAGACAUCUGUCGAGCUGUCGUUGCCAUAUGAUGAGGAUUACAUCAUCGAGAUCCGACCAAUCAGUGAUGGAGGAGAAGGCAGCAGCAGCGAGCCCAUCCGUAUCCCUCGGAUAUCCAAUGCCUACGCGCAAGGGUCAGGUGCUUCCACGUCAAACGCCUGCACCUUAUCCGCCAUCAGCACCUUAAUGAUCUCCCUCACUGCGCGCUCCAGCUUAUGACCUCGAGCGUCUCAGACUCCCAGAGACUGGCAUCAUACUCACGGACGGUGGACCAGGAAUAUCCUCCACACACAAUGGCUCCUUAUGGAAUAUCCUGAGAUUGCCCUCAGCUUUUGAGCUUCCUCCUCUCCCUGCGGGGAGGAUUUUAUGCACUGACGACAUCUGGAAUAUGAUGUUACCAAAGCAGUUUACAUGCCGUAUAUGCAUAUUUUUUAUUCUUAAUAUCUAGUGUUUUAUAGAGUUUUUUAAGGUUAACAUGAUGUAGAUAUCUACGUUUUUUGCUGUACAAUGCUGCAGGUGUCUCAUACAACUCUCUUCUCUCCUUCCUUCCUGACCCAGGACUAGAAUAUUUUAUAUGCUCUUUAUAUUUCACAUCUCCUGGACCUGCCCAUGACCAUAAAGCGAUGCCUGGUCCUGAGCCCAGUCACGGAUAAGAUCCGGCGGGCUGCAGAACAUCGUGAGGGUCACGUCGGUAAAAUGGUUUCUACCACGGAAAAGGUUACAAAUCGUUAUUUAUAGCUGGAUAUAUAAUAAACUAGGACCAUAAAUGGAGAACCUUUGGUGUAACCAUUCCGUCACCUGGAUACAAGUGUGGAGAAGUUUUUUAUUUUUUUCAGAUAAGUGCCCGGUUUCCAUAACUUGAUACAUAGACUGUAGAGGGAGAGCAGAUGUUCUCAUCUUGGGGCAUAGAGAUUGAGCAGUUAGAGGUCCUCUAGGACUGGUUAUAUUUAAGGAUGAGUUCAUGAUCUCCAGAGGAGGUUGAACCAGUUUUGCUAUGUACUAUAAUGACAUUGUGAAUAGUCAGAGUAGUUUCUGAACAUCUGGAGAAGGUGGAUCCUACUUGGUUAUAGAUCAAUAGUCAAUAGAUUAUGGCAUUAUAGAUGAUUGGAAGAUGAUCCACCUAUAGAAGGUGGAUCAUCUAUGACUAUGAAUAAUGAGUAGAUAAUCAGAUUAUGAAUGGUGGAAAGAGUUCCUUACCUCCUAAUUAUGGUGGAUCAUCUUUGGUUAUGGGUAAUGAGUAGAUAUUAAGAUUAUGGAUAGUAGGAAAAGAUCCUGCUCUCGUACAUAAAGUAAAUGAGCUCUGGUUAUGGAUAAAGGUUAGGUAUUCAGAUUAUAUAUGGUUGGAAAAGUUCCUGGUCUCUUAUAGAAGACGGAUCAUCUUUCGUUACAGGUAAUGAGUAGAUAUUAAGAUUAUGGAUGGUAGGAAGAGUCCCUAGUCUCCUAUAGAAGGUGGAUCAUCUUUAGUUAUGGGUAAUGAAUAGUUACUAAGAUUAUGGAUGGUAGGAACAGUUCCUAAUCUCUUAAUAAAAAGGAACAGGUCCCCUUCUCUUAUGUUGAUUAUGAAUGGUUAGAACUACUGAUCUUAUAUGGAAAGUAGAUGGACCCUUUGAUGCAGAAGAUAAGUAGAUGUUCUAAUGAUGGAUGAGCACCUUUGGUUAUAGAUUGGGAACACAUAGAUCUGCGAUAGGUAUCUUGAUUAUGGUGUGGAGAUGUUGUGGAUCCUAUUUAGAAGAUGGAUACUCUAUGUAUCCAGACGGUAAUGAGAUGUCUUGGUUAUGGAUGGUCUGAAGACUUACUGAUCCCCUCUAGAAGGUAGAUGUCUUUAUUAUGAAUGGUGGGAAGAUUGCCUCUUCUCUUGUAAGUCAGUCCUCAUAUGGACAUUAGUAGAUAUUCAAAUGACUGGAGAGGGGAUGAGCUUCCGAAACCUUACAGAAGGUAGAGCAUCUAUCUCUGAGCAGACUCUCUCAUUUAUGGAUGGCGAUAAGAGUUCCUGGUCGGUUCUCUUCUGUCGUGUACAAUGACUAGAUGUAGAAAAAAGUCCCAAUCUCUUGUGGAAGGUAGAUCCUCUUCUUUUAUAGAUGGUCAAUAUAGAUGAGAAGAGUUCCUGAAGUGCACAGAGAUUGAAAUCCUGUAUGGAUACUUUGUUCUGGUGCUAUAUGGACAGUUAGUAGACAUUCCAAUAUUUUAUGGCCUUUGCAUAGAUGGUAGCUUUCUCGGGCGAAUGAUGGAGAAUAUUUGCUGUAGAUUGUCAAGAUCCUGAUCUUUCUAGAGUCUGGGAAACCAGGGUACAAAUCAUAGCAUUGACAAUGAGCAGAGCUUUUGAUGGACAGGACCUCAGUCAUAAGCAUUGGUCAUCUGCAGUCCGGACCGGCCACGUGAACCACAUACAAUGCCAUUACUCAGCUACUUCCAGCACUGUAUGUUGAGUUUGGACUAAUAAGAGACCACGUGACUCAUACGGAGAGCAAUUUGUGUUUUAUGAAGAAAAAAAAAAAAAGUGACCUGCCUACAAAGAGCUGACGGAGCGCAGAGCCUCCUGUAUGUUUAUAUAAUUCCUUAAGUUAUGAAUGUUCUUAAUUAUCCAAGUGGAAAAAAAUAAUCUAUAAAUAUAAAUAUAUAUAUAUUGCAGAGAGUGUAUAAAGCUUCCUACAGGGGCUACAAUGUAUGAUAUACCUAGAACGUUUUCAUAGGAUACCUAGAACUUAUACAAAAAUGACUGUACCUAGAUCUUUUUUUAAAACCACAUGGAGAGGGUGCACGCAUAAUCAGACGAGUGACUGGUAAGCCCAUUGAUACCAUUUCAUAUCAUCAAUUAAAAGAACACUGAAAACUCAGGGUUAUGAGCAUAAGAAGUGCCGGGCGGCAGCCGCGUUGACUCCCAUCGGCACGAUUAUCAUUGUAUCGCCUGUUAUGAUCUAGAUCUAGGUACAGGGUGAUUGUAAGACGAUACCUGACAGAGAUUAGGACUGAAUUGUUAUUUUGUUGCCUUUUUGACUAUGGUUAGGUUGCAGUUUGCAGACAAGAGUCUCAGCUGUGGUUUUCUGAGCUCGAUUCACUGGAAGAUCGGUGUUUCCCAAGAACUGAGCAAACCCUGGGGCACGGCCACCAUGAGAAUUGUCCUCUGGAAGACAACCAGGAUCAUGAGCAAAGCCUCUUGAAGGGUUGAGGAGCAACUGGGUCGAUGGGGGAUGAAGGUUCAUGGGUGACACUUGCGAAGUGUCACAAAUGAAAAAAAAAAGUUUCCUUUUAUUUAUUUCAUUUUUAAAUUGCACUUAAAUCUGAUUGUUACAGACAGCAUCGUCGGAAUUCAAAAAUAUCUUCAACCUGGCGGUA